AUGAUGGACCCAUCCACUGAGAGUCCCGCCGACAUUCCACCGUUCGCGAAACCACUCGCUCCUUACAUCAAAUCCCGCCAAGAGGCGCUGCACAUUCGCCAGGCCUUGACAGCCUAUCUGUGCUCCUUUAUCGUCUGCGGAGAAGGGACGGGCCUCUCGACGGUCUCUCACGGCUUUCUUCCUCAAUGCACUCCGUCCGAGGCGGUGACCGACGUCAAGCGUAUCCCGGCCGACUUGUCGGGACUUCGAAAGAACUACCUGAAAGCUCUGCAAGCCAACGUCGCCGCACGAAAGGGGUUCAAACGGACUUUUGAGGAUAUUGCGGCCCUGAGAUGUCAGACAGCGUCACCCAAAUCAUCGGUCCAGUCCGGGGAUCGUCCGGAUUCCGCCGCAGGUCUCCAGGAUUACCUUCAGCUCUUGCGUGAUCGUCGGCGAUAUACCAAACUACAGACAUUCCAACAAUACCUGGAUGAGCUGAAAGCAAAAGAUGUGGGAAUCCCGCGGAACUUGGAGGAAGGGGAGCAACCCAGUGCAUCGUCGGAUCCAUUGAGUCCAUACAAAGAUGAUUCUGGUACGAGCGUUGCCGGUCGUGCCGAAGAAGGUGACAAGACGAGCCUGGAGGAGCUAGUGCACCAGCUUGAGCGAGCGGUUGUUCGAGCUCGCUCGCAACUAGACACCGAGAAGCAUCUCUUUGAGAAGAUUAAAUCGCGACAGACCUCUGGAAAUGGUGAUGCUACGGGAGCUGUCGCGCCACAGGUGAAAACGAUGGCACUGCAGCGGACUCGUGAUGAAUUAGUCCAGUGGGUAGAACAACGGCUGCUCAACGAAGGGGAUCCGGACGGAAGUUUGGUGCAGGAUCUCGCGCCUGAAGACUUAGAAGAGGUCAAUGAAUUAUUGGGAGAUCAAAAGUCUCGAAUCAAUGAGCAGUACACGGCAUAUCUUGAAGCGCGACAAGACUUGCUCGACGCGGCUUCCCGUGCUUGUCAGCCUGUGACCGUGACCCGGGAGCGCCCCCUUCGAACAGCACCGAGAUCUGAAACGGUUUCAGCAUCGACACCGGGACCCGACCCACUAGAAGUCUUGUCUCUUACCACUGACGCUCUCCUGCCACUAUCCAAGAGUCAGAGAGCUCUUGCGCUACAGCGAUCUUACAUGGCGGGACUUCUCGCGAAAGAGAGAUCCUCUACUCUCCGUGUCUUGCAUCGACUGUGUGACGAAAGCCACCUCCUCCCCGAACAUCCCGUGCCUGCUAAGCCACCACGAUCCAAGUUCGCCAGCGGGAUACUUGCAUCCGGUCUUGCUUCUCAGCCUGUGGACACCACUCCAUCGGAUGAGGUGGUUGAAAUGGCCAAAGCCUGGUCUUUCGCAUCCGGGGCUGCAACUCAGCAGGAGCGCGACUAUGUGCAGCAAAGGCUGACGCUAGGAAAGGAAGUUGCCCGGGACGCGCGAAAGCUACUCCGGGAUGUCUACAGUAUGCUAAAGCAAGACUGGGAGCAGGGCCCGCAUGAGAAUGACAAUCUGAAAGGGAUCUCUCGGGAAUCAGCGAGAGCAUCUUGCGGGAUAGCUCAUCAUGACGGCUCGCAUGGACCCUGGAGUGGUCUUGAUGGAAGUGUUUGA